CGAAAGUUGCGUGACAUUUCCGCAGCCUAUCUGGGGACUGGGAAUGAAAUUAAUUUUUGGCUUUCCUUGUAAAAUACUAUUUAGUUUCAGCUUUUUUAUUUAACUAUCAUAAUGAACUACUGUAUUUAAAAUUUACUACACGCCUCACUUUAAUUUCUUAUGUUAUUCUGGACAUCGCGUGAAUACGCCCUUGAAAAAAAGGUUUACAAAAAGUCUAAAGUCAGCAUAGCAACAACACUCCGAUACGUUUUACUACUAUUUUAAGGAAUACAGUGUGUUGGACACUGCAUGGGUGCCUUCUAUGAGAUGAGUGCUAAGGGUGCAUCGAGAUAUAAGAAUAAAAUACAAAGACUAAUCCUCUGAUAACUAUUAUAAGUAAGUAUCGAAUUGACGCUUCUCUUUUUAAUAUAAGAUGAUAACACGGAGAUGGUUCCAUCCUUCUUUGAAUGGCGUGGAUGCAGAAAAACUACUCUUAGAUCGCGGUCGGGACGGCUAUUUUCUUGCUAGACCAAGCACAAGCAAUAAAGGUGACUUCACAUUAUCCGUAAGAAGGGGCACCGAGGUAACUCAUAUAAAAAUACAAAAUAAUGGCGAGUUUCUUGAUCUAUAUGGUGGAGAAAAGUUUGCCACUUUAUCAGAGCUUGUUCAAUACUAUAUGGAUAAUCAGGGCCAAUUGCGAGAAAAGAACGGAAGUAUAAUACGGUUAAAAACGCCACUGAACUGCGCAGAUCCCACAACCGAGAGAUGGUAUCACGGACAGCUUACCGCCAAGGAGGCAGAGAGAAUGAUGUUAGAAAACGGUAGAAGUGGCUCAUUUUUAGUGAGGGAAUCGCAAAGGCAACCAGGUGAUUUCGUGCUCUCAGUGCGUACAAGAGACCGGGUUACGCACGUCAUCAUUCGACGAUCCGACAAUAAAUAUGACGUGGGCGGAGGACAACAAUUUGACGAUCUUGUUAGCCUUAUCGAACACUACCGCAACUACCCUUUGGUUGAAACCACAGGCGACGUGCUGAGACUCAUUCAACCGUUCAAUGCCACUCGCAUACAAGUUCAACACUUCCACACGCGCGUGAAACAGUUACAGAAAGAAAACGAGGGUCCAAUAGAAAGUAUGGCUUAUAAACAAGGCUUUUGGGAAGAAUUUGAAACCUUACAAAUGAUGGAAAACCUGCAGUUAUUCGAUAGAAUGGAGGGCUCGAAACCUGAGAAUAUUAGAAAAAAUAGAUACAAAAAUAUAAUUCCAUUUGAUCACACUAGAGUUAUUUUAAAAGAUAUUCCUCCAGAUGCACCGCCAGGUGCAGAUUACAUCAACGCUAAUUAUAUACGAUCCGAUUUUAUCGACACUUCAGCAGACUCGCACGAUACCAACGGUACCUAUGAGAAUUCACAUCACGGAUCAUCAAAAAAUAAAGACAAAUCUUCACCUGUUCAUACACCUGUCAUAAUAACUGAAGAAACUCCUAGCGAGACUGGAAAAAUAAAUGGAACUUAUAAAAUUACGAAAAUGGAACCGGCUAUUCUCCGUUCAACCCAAAAUAUUAUAAACGCAUUAGGUCCAAAGAAGGUUCAGAGAAACAUUGUAAAUGGCGAUCCAGAGAAUGUCUACAGUAAAUUGUACAUUGCCACCCAAGGCUGUCUCUCGACUACGAUUUAUCAGUUUUGGUCCAUGAUAUGGCAAGAAGAUGUACGCAUCAUAAUUAUGACAACGAAAGAAAUUGAGCGUGGAAAAGUGAAAUGUGAACGAUAUUGGCCUGAGCUUAAUAAAACAGAGGUCAUUAAAAAGUACACUAUUUAUAACGAAUCCGAAUCCUCCACCCAGGAUUAUACGCUCCGACGAUUCGUAGUCACCAAAAAAGACGAACCGGAUGUUAAGCGAACAAUUUAUCAUUUUCAUUUCACUGCUUGGCCAGAUCACGGGGUGCCCUCGGAGCCCGGUCGCGUCCUGAACAUAUUGCUGGAUGUGAACUUUAGAUUGCAGCAGAUAAUGACGGGAGAGGAGCCUCCCGAGCAGGCCGUUGUGUGCGUGCACUGUUCUGCCGGUAUCGGUCGCACUGGAACUUUCAUCGUCAUCGACAUGAUUUUGGACCAAAUUAGGAAAGAAGGGUUCGACUGUGAAAUAGACGUUCACCGUACCGUGCAGAUGGUGAGAGACCAGCGUUCAGGCAUGGUACAAAACGAAGCUCAGUACAAAUUUAUAUAUAUGGCCUUGUUAGAGUUUAUCGAAACUGAAAAGCAACGAGUGGGCAUGGUAGCCCCCGAGCCGGCGCCCGACUCGCCGCGCAUUUGAUGCCGACAGAUGCCUAGAGUAGGUGAUGUAAGGAAAUCCGCUAUUAAAAGCUUUAUAAAUAGAAAAUAUUAUAAGAUCUUAGAACAUAAAGGUCCAAGGCGCUAAUAUAACAAAUGACUAGACUUUACUUUUGAAUCUUUUCUAGUGAUACAUUGUUUUAGAUUUACUUAAUUAGUAUGCAAUAAAAAGGUGGAUGUAUCAUUUAUUUAUCAAUGUUAUAAUAUAUAAGUUAGAGACGUUUAUGUUUAACGUGUCUAUAUGUCAACAAUUAUUUGUUAAAAUUUAAAACGAAAGUUAUAAAAUACUAUUCAAUGGGCUUUUUCGUAAGUAACAAGAGGCACUGAGUAGUUGAUAUAGCUUUAUAUAAAAGUAGCCCAUUUCGAAAUAUUUUAUUUUCGUCUGAGAGUAUAAAUAAGAGUUGAAUGCAUAUUAAAAUGUGCAUUUUUUUCAUAAUUUAUGCGGUAGAAGAAAUAUUUAGUAUAGUAUGGGAAAAUAAGAUAACUAAUUGUUGGUGAUUGACUAUAUGGAAAAAAAUACAUAUUAUUAACAUAGGAAUGGAGACCUGACAUUGUUUCAAAUUAUUGCUUUAACGUAAUACAAAAUGAAGUCUGGAGAUUGGCUUCAAAGUGAUCUCGAAUUGGUUCUUGAAUUGGACAGAGUAUAUUUCCUUUCAGUUUAAAGAUUUUAAAUGGCAAAUUUUGUAGGAUUAUGAAAUCAUAAUCAGUGUGUUUUGGAAGUAAAUAAUGAUGUGGAAAAUUGCCUCAUCCCAUCUUACAAAUGAACAUAAUAUAAAUUAGUUAAGAUAAAGCUUAUAUAGGUGCGAAAAAUAUUUUUUUAACAAUUAGUAUCUGUAGCAUUUUUUGGGUGAGGCAAAAUAUGUGUGUCUGGCAAAAAUACCUCAAAAUUACGAAUAUAUAUACAUAUAUUAAUUUAUUUAAAUUUUAUGUUUUGGUUAACUCACAAAUGAAUUCUUAUCCCUUUGAUAAUAUUGUUUAUUCUAUCAGCUGAUGAUUUGCUAUAUAUUAUUAAUAUUUUAUUAUUUCUUAUCUAUAUUAUAUGUAAUAAAUGAGGUGCUUUUAUGUGAAGUAACACCCUAUAUCAUGGGUGGAGGUGCGCAAUAUUUUUAGGAAUAUUUUUUAUUUCUAUUUGUAGUUGGUAUCAUGCAUAUUAUAUGUCUUUUGAAUAGUGAUUGUUUCAUAUUCAAUGAAUUUAAUUGGUGUUAUAAAUAAAAACAUGUUUCCUUUAUUUUAUAUUGGGACGUGGUUUAUUUAAUCUUUAAUGAAAUUAAAGUGCAAAGUACACACAAAAAAUUUAAUUUGAUAUUUUGAGAUCUCCUAAACAUUCACUAUUUAGAAGACAGUUAUUUUACGUUGUUGGCAUUUUUAUUUAUAAUGUAUUCCAAUAUUGCAGCUGAGCUUAAGAAUUUUACAUAAAAAUUAAUAGAAAAACAAAUUUUGUUAUCCGCAAAAGAUAUAUGUUGUGUUAUAUAAUGUAAUAAUGAAUAAAAUGUGAUAUUGUAUUAA